UGGCCUUGUUUUUAUCCUUCAGGUAAAAUUGGCCAAGAUUUACUCCGCCCAUUUUCCUUGGAAGCCAACCCCUUUGUCUUCCAUAUAAAGUCCCACACCACAGGGACUGAGUGGCUGCAGAGGCUGGCUUCCAGUUUGCCCCGGAGUUUACUCAGAGUUUAGGCUCCUCCGAGCAACAAAGCUACCAUGGGCCUGGAGAAGUCCCUCAUCCUGUUUCCAUUGCUCGUCCUGGUGGCUGGAUGGGUCCAGCCUUCCUUGGGCAAGGAAACUUCCGCCAUGAAGUUCGAGCGGCAGCAUGUGGACUCGGAUUCCUCCAGCAGCAGCCCCACCUACUGCAACCAAAUGAUGAAGAGGCGGGAAAUGACGAAGGAAUCCUGCAAGCCUGUAAACACCUUUGUGCAUGAAUCCCUACAGGACAUCCACGCCGUCUGCUCCCAGGAAAACGUCAAGUGCAAGAACGGGCAGACGAACUGCUACAAGAGCCGCUCGGCCCUGCGCAUCACCGACUGCCGCCUGACGGGCAGCUCCAAGUACCCCAACUGCGAGUACAAAACCAGCCAGCAGCAGAAGCACAUCAUUGUGGCCUGCGAGGGGAACCCCUCCGUGCCCGUCCACUUUGAUGCUUCUGCAUAGGGUCCCACCUAGGCCAAACCAGCGAGAUGGCCCUGUCUCCCAGCCUCGCCCAGUCGAUACCUGCCUCUCCUCUCUUUCCUUCUUUUCCCGGAAGUAACCCCUGUUAGGGCUUCCCUAUGAGAAAAACAUGCUCCCCUCUCCCGUGCUCCACUCCUGGGACAGAUGAAGCAAGACAGCCCUCACCAGAACGUGGUGUCCCUUCAACCUGAGACUCCCUUGACUUCAGAACGGUGAACCAAAUAAAAUUCUGUUCAUUAGAA